AUGAGCGAGAAAACCCGUUUGAAGUGUACGGUUUACGUUGGCGGGCUCGACCAAGCCGUGUCCGUUCAAACCUUGGCCGAGGCGUUUGUACCCUUCGGAGAGGUUGUUGAUAUUACGCUGCCGAAACCCGACCUGCCCAACUCUAAUGACAACCAUCGAGGCUUUGGAUAUGUGGAGUUUGAUCUACCUGAAGAUGCGAAAGAGGCGAUCGACAACAUGGACGGAAGCGAGCUAUACGGACGUACGAUAAAGGUUGCCCCCGCAAAACCGCAAAAGGACGCCAAUGAAGGCCUCGGAAGCAAGACGGCGAUCUGGGAACAGGAGGGUUACUUGUCCAAAUACGCCGUGAGCGAAGAAGAUAAGCUGGCGGCCGGGGAGCCGAGCAUGGAAGAUGGCGAGCCUUCGCAAGACCCAAUGCGCCGGCUGGAAGAGUUAGACGUUGCAGGGCCGAAGCCUGAAUGA